AUGGACUACCAACUACCACUACAUAAUAUAUACUCUUUGUUCGAUAGCCACUCCAACCAUGGCUUGAUCCAACUUCCAGCAUGGUCCACAGCACAAUCUUUUGCUCAACAGCAGCUACUCCUGCAACAACAGCAGAAGCUGCAGCAGCAGCAAAAGUCCACCAACAACACAACUUCUACUUCUACUUCUACUUCCAACUCUACUACUUCACAGGCAUGGCCUGUACCAAAAGCACCUACUACACUACCAAUGUCAACUAUUAUUGCUGCUCCAACUAUUCCAUCCACUACUAUUACCGCUCCAAAUAUGCUUACAUCUACAUCCUGUCCAAGUUUCAACUUUGACUACUCACAGGAGGACAACUCCUACUUCAACGACAACUUGCUAUUCAAUUUCUACUCAUCGUCCACCACGUCUCAGUCGGUAUCGGAUGGAAACAGCUAUGUUAGUGUCAGUGGAAGUGAUAUCUCAUCUCCAACAUCAUCACAAUAUGAUGACAUUGAUGCCGUCUCGUCAUGUCUUGGCUCAUCCACCGACUCCUUCUUGCACUACAUGUCCACAUCUCCCAGUAUGUGCAUGUCUCCACUCUCCUCGUCUCCAAUCUCCAAUUCAUCAUCACCAUCCUCCGCAUUGUCACUGGCAAUGAAGAAGAAGAACAUCUCACCAGAGUCCAAAGAGUCCACUCUAUUCGUUUACAACUUGCCAAUCAAUGUGAAUCCAGAACUAGUCCUUGCCAGGUUCAGGGAGUUUGGCAGGAUCUUGGAUGAUCAGUGCCACUUUAUCUCUCGCUACUGCUACAUCACAUACGCUGACAAGGAGGACUGCCGCCGCGCCUACAACAAGUUGAAUGGCGCACCCUUCCAGGGCCAGGAGCUCAAGAUCCUCAAGAGCGACCCAACCAACCCCAAGUCCAGUCUGUACAUCACAUUCAACGCCGCCGAGGUGUCCAAGGACUUCAGACUGCAGAUCAUCCGCAAGUCCAAGACAUUUGGCAAGGUGAUCCACUGCUCGAUCCCCACCCUCCCCAACGGAGACUACUGUGGCUAUGGCUUCAUUCACUUCAAGAAUCAGCCCAUUGGCAUCCAGAGUGCCAUCGACACCUUGAUGUACUUCCAGAAGAACCUCUUCAAUGGCACUCUCAAGGUUGAGUGUUUCCUCUCCAAGAACAAAUUCCCAAGAGAGAGCAACAAGUGUCUUCUCACAAAG